GCAGGGAGCAGAGGUUAUGGCUCGGUGGGUGUUUGGGUGAAUCAUGACUAGGUCUCUCUUUUUUCCCUCUGUUUGUUGUGGUUCUGACUCUCCCAUCACACAUUAACAUCCUGAUCAAUUGUUUUGCUGCAGCCCCCCCAGGAGCCUGGGUGCGUCCAGCGGGAUGGAGAGAGAGAUGCAAGUUGGAGAACUAGAGCGCAGGCCCCAGCAGGGAUAGGCUGGUCCCUGAAGACAGAUCAGCAGCUCCUGGGUCUCCACAUCCAGGCUCCAUGAGAUAAUAUGGAAACGGCAGAGCCAACGGGCCCAAAAGCAGGGAAUGAGCUGGCGAGAGACGGGAAGGAGCCAGUCCUGGGACCAACCAUCUCAGUAAGUCCUCGAUGGUCCCGCACAGGAUGGCGACAGCUAAGGACUGAGCAGUGUGACAGGAUGUCCCAGUACUGGAAAGAUCAACUUCAGGAGGAGCUACAGAGCCUACGGACACCUGCUGAAGUUGUGCCGACAUCAGUCCCUGCAUCAAAAAACCCUCCACUGCUGGAUUUGACCCCAGAGGAGGAUAUUGAGACCUAUCUGGCUUCCUUCGAGCAAGUGGCUGAAGCCUGCCAGUGGCCCAGAGGAGAGUGGGUGACCCGCCUUGUGCCAACCCUCAACGGAAAAGCUCGGCAGGCCAUUAGCAACCUGGAUGCCAGAGAUGCUGGAGAUUAUGGGAAGGUGAAGGCAGCUGUCCUGCGAGGGUGUGACAUUGGCAUGGAGACACAGCGCCAGCGCUUCAGGCAGUUCCGUUACCAGGAGGCCGAGGGGCCCCGGGCAGUUUUCUGCCGACUCUGGGAACUCUCCCAUCGAUGGCUGAAGCCGGAGAUCCACACCAAGGAGCAGAUCAUGGAGCUGCUGAUCCUGGAGCAGUUCCUGACCAUCCUGCCAGAAGAAAUCCAAAGCUGGGUUUCUGAACAUUGCCCAGAGACGUGUGCCCAGGCAGUGUCCCUGGCUGAGGAUUUCCAGGUCACAGUGCGUGUGAAGGUUGAGGAUGUGACCCCAGAGGAGAUGGAUGCCCCUGAAGCAUUAUGGGAAUCUCAGAGCACCCAGCUGGAGCAACCGCAGCUCCAUCCCGCAUGGGGAUCCCCGAAGGAGGCAGCACUGAGGAAGUGCGAGCUGCCAGGUGCCCCUGGAAAGGAGCCCCGAGUUGGACAAGAAACGGCAGGUGCCAGGAUCCUGAGCAGGACUGAGGAGCAGCCUCACAACGAAGGGCCUGAAAACCUGCAGCCCCCCAGCAUAUCACAGCAGGAUUCAGGAGAGAGCAUUAACCACAGACCUGAGCAGGAAAGAGCCUGCAAGAGGCAGAAGAGGAGCCCAGUGGGGAAUGAGCCAGAUCCCCUAGGGGAAUGUGAGAGUGGAUUCAGGAGACUAAUCCAGCCUCCUGCAUCGGGGAGACCUCGGACCUCAGGGGACCUUCACCAUCAGAACAGCAUUCACAGGACAGAGAAGCCCCAUAAAUGUCGAGAUUGUGGGGAAAGGUUCUGGGAGAAGCAGGCGCUCACAGCCCAUGGGAGAGUCCAUGAGAAGGACAGACCAUAUCCCUGUCCUGAAUGUGGAAAGAGUUUCAACAGACUGACUCAUCUCAAAACCCACCAGAGAACCCAUACGGGAGAGAAACCCUAUUUCUGUGCCGAAUGUGGGAAGAACUUCGGCCACCUCUCCACACUCAUUACACACCAGAGGCUGCACACAGGGGAAAGACCCUACUCCUGUGAUGAGUGUGGGAAAACUUUCACGAACCCCUCGGACCUCAACAAGCACCAGCGCUCCCACACGGGUGAGCGGCCCUACCCCUGCGCCGAGUGCGGAAAGCGCUUCAGCCAGCUCUCCAACCUGACAAUGCACCAGAGGACUCAUACACAGGAGAAGCCCUACCCCUGUGCCGAAUGUGGGAAGAGCUUCAAGUAUCUGGCUUACCUCGCCAUUCACGAGCGCUCCCACACAGGGGAACGGCCCUUCCCCUGCACCGAGUGCGGGAAGAGCUUCAGUAACAAAUCCUCUUUGGCCCGCCACCUGAGAAUCCACUCCAGAGCCGCAGCCAUGGACAAGUGAGACCCUCCCAACAGAGAGCUCCGCUCUGAUCAUGUGUGUUUAAGAAUGUGAAGCAGGGCCUGAGAGAAGCUAGCCCCAUGCCCACUAACAGAACCAUCCCCGUCAUGGACACCAGGGGGUGUGAAUUGGGGCUUUACCUUAGUCCUCUGAGGUGUCCCGAUUCCGGAACUGCCCCAGCAGUGAUUUGCUCCUUCCUGCUUGAACUAGUGAGGAGAGGGCCACUCUAGGGGCUUGUCUUUGCUGUAAAUUAACUUCUUGUAACUCAAGUAUUGUCCCUCACUCAAGUCCCAUCCACAUACAGUACCUUUAAGUGGGUGCAGUGGUGCUGUGACCCCAAGUUGGCCAGCCCAAGGAGGGAGCAUAGGCUAAAACUGGAGCACAACUCAUCAGCUGCUAAUGCAGCCUCUCUAUAGUGUGGCUCCAGGCUUGUGUCACUUGCAUGUUGCUAGUUCUCCAGUGCCUAGCCCACGAGUCUCCUAGUGUGCCCAAAAAGGACAGAAGUUCUCCCCCUACUCACUGGGAAAUGUGUGUGCGCAGAAGCCAUAACGCUGUACUUGUACCUAGCGCUGUACUAUGUUGGCACAGCAGUGUGGCUGUUCUCAUCUGAGCUCAGCUCACUCGAGAGCACUCACUGGAGCACAGAUAACUCAAGUUAACUCUGUAAUGAAGGCAGACUCAGCAACGCUGGCAGGCCUCAGUCCCAGCGGUACCAGGAACAGCACCUCCAGGGGAAGGCAUUAGGCCAGCUCUACCUCCUGCCCCACUGCCAACCAGUUCUGCCUCAAUGGCCCCGCACGGCCACCUUCUUCCAUGCUCUGCCCUACUUGGAGGCACCCACCCUCACCAGCGCUUCAGAGCCCUCUAUCAUCUCUCCUCAGCAGCUGCGUGUAACUGGGGCCCAAAUCUGCUGCAUUGACUCUCUGCCUCCCACUCACCUGACUGGCUCUUCCAGCUGACUCUUAUCUCAGCCUAAGAAUUUACUUUCUCUGUGUACUCUUCUGUAUUUAGUCAUCGCCCUCUGGUUUUCUGCUCCUGUCCUGUUACCUCUCUCUCUGUUUGCUGCCCUGUCUCUAGUGCAUUGCAUUGUCCAGACCACACCAUUGCUUCCUGGCUCAGCUGCCCAUCAGCACAACCACUGAUUCAGUUUUAUUGGUGUGACAUUUUGAUCAGACGACCCCAAUCCUGCACUGAGCUCCACAUGGGGAGAUUCCUCUGGAGUGCUGCCUGGCUACUGGGGUCCCCAAGCGUAGCUCAGUGCAAGAUUGGGGCCUUAGUUUUAAAUCUUCUGAUCUUCCCUACCUCAUUGGUUGCCCUUCUGAAUUGCUGGUAUUUUUUAUUUAUUUCCUGCUGAUUUGAUUGUAAUGUACUGAAGAGCACUCCUUGUCAAUCAAUCACAGCUCUGCACACUUAAUUACCUCUCUUUCCCUGUUCCUUUUACUCAGUUAAACCCACUCUCUUGAUUUGGCCUUUGUGUAGCUGCCCAUUGCCAUUCUCACUGUUUUCCCCUGGCUUCUUGCCCUGUUGAGUUCCAACUCACUGUGAUGACGUUUUAUCAGUCUCCCUGGUUGGGUUUAGUUUCUGGCUGAGAACAGGGAGAAGGGGUGGAAAGUGGGACCUGCGUGGUGGUGGCAGGUAUGUAGUGCUCCUAGGAAAAGCUAAGGGGUUCGUCAGGACACUUGGUAACACAUGUGAUCCAAGGACAGCCCUUAUAUCUCCAGCUGCAACCCGGUGCCGCUCUGCUUUCCUCCCUGCAGCAAACCAUGGGAAUAAGUGGCCUAGCGAUUCACAGGGGCAGUUUUACUGUUACAGCGUUUACGUUGGCAAGUGAAGAACACUUGCCAUCCCCACACAAGUGCUUCAUUUCCUUUUUGGGGAGGCAACAUUCGGAGGAACCCAGUCCAAGAUGUUGCUGGGGGAAGAAGCAGGGUAGCCGGAAUUGAUGCAGGCCCAGCAUCUUUGCAUCCACACUGAGUACCUGAGAGAGUUACUAUCACUUGGGAGUAGCUGUCCUGCUGUUCCCAUGUAGAUGUUGUGAGACACUGUAGUUUUGGGCUCCAUGAGCCAGCAAAGCAAAACCGGAGUUUAGACUUCAACCUCCACUGUGGAUGGUGAGUCCUGUGUGUUGUGACUGGAUGUCUGCUUCCCUGCAGCUCCAGAGGGGCUAAGGAGCACACAGCACAUAGGCCUCAUGCACAGAUGGAAAAUGAGGACCUGUAAUUCAUCAGUGUAGCUCCACUGGCAGAAGCAACAGUGGAAACUCUAGUGUAGGCAGGACUUUCAUUGUUACCACUGUGUCAUCAACCCCUAACCAGCAAGUGACUUAUCUGUCUUUCCAAAUACUGACUGAAGAAGCUCUGAUGGAAGAAGGGGCUCUGAGAGCAUCAGAGAAGAUAUGUAGCUUCUGCUGAGAAAUUUCAGCUCCUACUAUGACCUGCCCGUUUCUGGAUGCACACCUUCUUCAACACUGCUCUCUCUGGGUCGCUACCUCUCCACGCUUCCUCUCUGGACACUUCCCUGUCAAUAGUGGGUGAUCCUGGCUUUUUUAACGGUUUAAAGGGCCUUGCAGAUCUCUUCAAAACCGAUUGACUACACCUCGGUCUCCUGGGUUUGGAAAGCUACUAACCCCAAUAAAUACAAUAUACGUAAUAGUGUUUAGUAACCCUGCUAUGUCUCUGCCCGAGGGAAAGCCUAACCCUGUAACAGCCCAGCCAUGCUUCUCUUCCUGAUCGCAAUCUACCCCCUCUGUACACCUGCUCCCUGUCUCUUUCAGAGCCACCCAACAAUCUUCACAUUAAGCCCCCAAAAGCUCCAAACAAGCUGUCCAGAGUGGCCCUCCAUGAGUCCCAGCUUCUAUGUCUCUGGGCACCGAGUAGUCCAUGUUCUUGGUGCCACAACAUA